AUUCCUUUUUCGUUCAAGAUGGCGGGUGACGAGUCUGGAGUAACGCUGGGUCAGCCUCAUCUUUCCAAACAAGAUCUAAGUUCUCUGGAUGUAUCCAAACUGACCCCCCUCUCACAAGAGAUCAUUAGCAGACAAGCCACAAUCAAUAUCGGCACCAUCGGUCAUGUGGCUCACGGGAAGUCCACAGUGGUUAAGGCCAUUUCUGGUGUGCACACUGUCAGGUUCAAGAAUGAACUGGAGAGGAACAUUACCAUCAAACUAGGCUAUGCGAAUGCAAAGGUGUAUAAACUGGACGACCCUAGCUGUCCCAGGCCAGAGUGCUACAGGUCGUGUGGCAGCAGCACGCCUGAUGAGUUCCCCACAGACAUCCCCGGCACUAAGGGCAACUUCAAACUAGUCAGGCAUGUGUCGUUUGUGGAUUGUCCCGGGCACGACAUUCUGAUGGCCACCAUGUUGAACGGCGCUGCUGUCAUGGACGCGGCUCUGCUCUUGAUUGCCGGUAACGAGUCGUGUCCCCAGCCCCAGACGUCGGAGCACUUGGCAGCCAUAGAGAUCAUGAAGCUGAAGCACAUUCUGAUCCUGCAGAACAAGAUUGACCUGGUCAAGGAGAGCCAGGCCAAGGAGCAGUAUGAGCAGAUCCUAGCCUUCGUACAGGGCACCGUGGCAGAGGGCGCUCCAAUCAUUCCAAUCUCUGCCCAGCUGAAGUACAAUAUCGAGGUGGUAUGCGAGUACAUCGUCAAAAAAAUCCCUGUACCCAUCAGAGACUUUACCUCAGAGCCCAGACUCAUCGUGAUCAGGUCGUUUGACGUGAACAAGCCGGGCUGUGAGGUGGACGAUCUGAAAGGGGGCGUGGCAGGAGGCAGUAUCCUGAAGGGCGUGCUCAAGGUGGGCCAGGAGUUGGAGGUGCGUCCAGGCAUCGUGUCCAAAGACCACGAAGGGAAGCUCAUGUGCAAACCCAUCUUCUCCAAGAUCGUGUCUCUGUUCGCCGAGCACAACGACCUGCAGUAUGCCGCCCCCGGAGGCCUCAUCGGUGUCGGCACCAAGAUCGACCCAACGCUGUGCAGAGCCGACCGUAUGGUUGGUCAGGUGUUGGGGGCUGUCGGAGCGCUGCCAGAGAUCUUCACAGAGCUGGAGAUCUCCUACUUCCUCCUCAGGAGGCUGCUGGGAGUACGCACUGAGGGAGACAAGAAGGCCGCAAAGGUCCAGAAGCUGUCCAAGAACGAGGUGUUGAUGGUCAACAUCGGCUCGCUGUCAACGGGCGGGCGAGUGAGCGCCGUCAAGGCUGAUCUGGCCAAGAUCGUUCUGACCAAUCCCGUCUGCACCGAGGUGGGGGAAAAGAUCGCCCUCAGCCGUCGUGUGGAGAAACAUUGGCGUCUCAUUGGCUGGGGCCAGAUCAGGAGGGGCGUGACCAUCACACCCACGGUGGAGGAUGACUGAGGAACCAUCCGGCGAGUGUGUGUGUGUGUGUCGCCAUGGCGUUGCUCCUUUCAACAGAAUGACACAUCAUCACACUUUUCAUACUUGUGGCCGAUGGAGGGACAGGGAGGAAACAAGGGUGUCUCAGCAGAGUAAAGUGGCUUCCUCUGCAUCUUUCCUUCACUUUCACUGUUCUGCUAUAUGCUAGCUGAGGCUAAUUGCUGUCACUAGUCUUGUGUUUUGAGACGAGGGCAGAGGAAAGAGGUGGAGAGAAAGCGAGGGGGCCACAUUAGACUUUGAGAUGACCCCUUUUGAAUGGGUAAAGGGCAGGUCCUGGGUUUAAGAGGAGUAUCUCCCAAAACCAGGCUUGGGCGUUACUCUGUUGGAUGCAACACUACAACUACAGAUAGAAAUGUUGCAAUAGACCGUAUAUGACUUGCCAUUUAUUCUGCAUGAAAAUCAUAUCCGUUUUACUGUUAAGCUGCAUUUCUAGCUGAAUAUAUGGUGACAUUGCACCCUCCAGUGUAUGGCUCAGGUAAGGUUUCUACAUUCUGUAGACGGGGGAGGGGGGGGUAUUGUAGUGCCGUUCUUGCUGUUCUGUCCACAGCUUUCAAUCUAACGAAACGGAAUAAAAAUACAUUUGGAA